AUGUCACUUAGGAAAACAGACGUUGGGCUAGCUUGGUCUGCAGGCUGUAGUUUGCUGACCCCUGGACUGGACCAAACUGUCUGUUGCACAGAUGAGGAGAACACAGUGGGGAGUUAUCUGACAAAGCUGGAACCCAGCUCCCUCCAGGCCAAGGCACGCUCUAAAAUCAAGAGCCCCGGGAGGGAAAAGAGAAGUCGACCCUGCGUGCAGAGCGAAUGGGCCCCUACCGUCUCACCAGCAGCAGGACACCAGAGAACAAGGGAUCCGAGGCCACUGCUGUCCAUCCGCCAUACGGCCUGGGCUCCCCCGGAGAUGGGCACGGGCCAGGGUGUCUUCCCGUUCGUCGCUGUGGCCCAGUGCUGGCUCUUGCCACAGCAGAGCUGCUCCGGGAAGGCCAAUAACCAUGGCGAGCCCUGCCGGGGGACGCCUCCUGCCCCGCAAGGCCAAGUGCCUACCUGCCUGUACCUCAGCCAGUUCUGGGAGUGA